AUGGAAGAAGUCCAAGAAUUCAUGGAGAAAGGCAAUAUUGUGACUGACGAACACCUACGCGAAAUCCUUCCAACUCUUGCUACCAAGACCGACCUCAAGGCCGACCUCAAAGAACUUUGCCUUACAACUAAGGCUGACCUCAAGAACGGCCUCGAAGAACUUCGCCUUACAACUAAGGCUGACCUUAAGACCGGACUCGAAGAACUUCGCCUUGCAACCAAGGCUGACCUUGAAGAACUCAAGACCGACCUCGAAGGACUUCGUCUAGAAAUUCGUGCAUCACAAAACUACAGAGCAUCUAGAUUCUUCGACGAAGUUCAGUCUCUUCCUAUUAUUCGAGAUAAGGAUGGAGUGAAGCGGAUUGAAUAUAUUUCAACCCCGUUACGGCAAGUAAAACACUAUUGGAAUCUGCAUAACCAAGAGCAUGCGUCAGAGUUAGUUCGUUGUCUUGAAUUCUACCUUUCUAUUGAUACUUGGCCCUUUAAAACCUUGGAUGAAGCCGAUGACUUUGACCACGUCGACGUCGACUUAUUGGGUCUCUUGUUGCAUACCGUUCCUACAUCAUGGGAAGAAGCAGUGAAGCUAUCUCCUAGACGCUCUGUUUACCUGCUCUUCGGAGCGUUAGGGCUUAGGUAUGACCAUUUUUCGGAACAGUACGCUAUGAUCAAGGCUUUAGUUACUCAACGCCAGGGCGCUACGAAGUCAAAGGCAUCAGAAUCGCAGCCUGCUAUUCGCGUGAAAAAGCGCGCAAAGAACGAAUCGUCUGAAUCGACUACCGAGCCUUUCACGGCUUGA